AUGAGCCGGGACCUGACCAGUCGCCUGUGGGGCCCUCUGGCCCCGUCCCCUGAGCUGUGCCUCAUCUGUGUCACGGCUGUCCCUGCUGGCACCCCUGGGAUGCUGGUGUCUGAACGCUCCCUCAGCACGCGGAACGAUGCCAGCGAGUCCGUGGACCUGUACAUGCUGCGAAAAUGCUCCACCGGCAACCGCGUCAUCGGCGCCAAGGACCAUGCGUCCAUCCAGAUGAACGUGGCCAAGGUUGACAAGGUGACAGGCAGGUUCAAUGGCCAGUUUAAAACCUACGCUAUCUGCAGGGCCAUUUGCAGGAUGGGUGAGUGAGAUGACUCCAUUCUCUGACUGGCCAAGGCAGACGGCAUCGUCUCAAAGAACUUCUGCCUACAGAGGAACCUGGAUGUGGAAUGUAUUAAAGGUCAGCAGCUGCUGCGGCUCAUAAUUUAA